UUUCGCAAAAACAUGGCCGACGUAAAAUUUGCAACGAUUGAAACAUUUGCCAAAAAACAAUUGAAGCUACUCGAUUUAGAAAGAAAUGCUGAAAUUGAAGAAUCAGUAACUUUGAGAAGGUCAGGUGACAUAAAGGAGCUCGAAAAAAGAGGAAUCUGUGUGUCAAAAUUAAGCAUAGUUAACGAAUGUACCGGCUUGUACGGAAAACACCUAGUAACUUUCGUCCGAAGUGUGGCUGGAAACACCAAGUCUAGCAAGGAGAAAGCUGAAAGUUUUCAGAAAGACCAAUUAAGUUCUCAUUGCUUUUCAAAUGGUGAUAUUGUUGGCCUUCAGACAUCAAGUUCACCUCUGAAUGAUGAUAAUAUUGGGUCAGGUAUUGUAACAAAAGCAGCAGAAAACAAAAUCACAGUUGCAUUUGAAGAUGCACUUGGAGUCACAAACUAUUAUGAAACUUUCAAGCUCAUUAAACUUUGCAAUGAUGUCACUUAUCAAAGACUUAAGAAAGCUCUUGGAAAUCUUCAAGAUACGAAGAAGUCAUCCCAUUUGAAGGAUGCUUUGUUCCACCUAGUGCCACUAGGAAACCCUUUAUCUUUAGUCAAAGAUGACACUUUCCAUCUAUUUGAUACAGCCUUGAACAGUUGCCAGGCUGAUGCAGUUAAAUUUGCUUUGAAUCAGAAGGAAGUUGCUGUCAUCCAUGGUCCCCCGGGAACUGGUAAAACAACAACUGUUAUAGAAAUCAUCAAGCAAGCUACCUUGAAAUUUAACUUAAAGGUUCUUGCUUGUGCACCUUCAAAUGUGGCUGUUGACAAUCUUGUUGCAAAAUUAGCAGAUUCAAAAAUUAAAAUCAUUAGGCUGGGCCAUCCAGCUCGUGUUUACCCUCAUUUACAAAGGUUUUCGUUGGAUGCUGUUUUAAUGAGAUCAGAUUCUGCAGAGAUAAUUCGAAAUGUCAGAAAUGAUAUUCAAAAGGCACAGGGAAAAUUAAAGGAGAGUAAAAAUGGAGAUGAAAAAAGGAAACUGAGAGCUGAACUGAAAUAUUUAAAAAAAGAACUUUUUGAAAGGGAAGACAAAGCAAUCAAGUCUGUUCUUUCGUCUGCUGAUGUCAUUCUUUCAACCACAACAAGUUCGUAUGAACAAGGCCCAUUACGUCAUCUGAAUGAAGAUCACUUUGAUUUGAUAAUAAUCGACGAAGCUGCCCAAGCAUUGGAAGCGAGUUGCUGGAUACCUUUGAGCUUUGGAAGCAGGUGUAUUCUCGCUGGUGAUCAUAAUCAACUUCCUCCAACCAUUAUCAGCCAGGAGGCAUCGAAAAAGGGCUUGGAGGUCACUUUGAUGGAGCGUAUAGUGAAAGAGUUUGGACCGGGGGUGGUAAGAAUGCUCACUACUCAAUACAGAAUGAACAACUACAUUAUGUCAUGGCCCUCAAAGCAGUUGUAUGACAAUAAACUAACAGCCGAUGAUUCUGUUGCGAGUCAUUUACUAUGCGAACUACCUGGUGUCAUUUCGGAUGAAAACACUUCUGUUCCAUUGGUGUUUUUUGAUACAGCUGGAUGCUGUAUGUACGAAAUGAAAAAAGAGACAGAAGAAUCCAAGGGAAAUGAAAGUGAGGUUGAUUUGGUUGACAAUCACGUGACAGCUCUUAUAAACGCAAAGGUUAAACCAGAUGUCAUCGGCGUGAUUACACCGUACAAUUUGCAAGUGGAACUGUUGCGUCGAAGAUUGUCAUUUCGGUAUCCAAAACUCGAAAUCAGAUCAGUUGAUGGCUUUCAGGGUCGCGAGAAGGAGGCAAUAGUUAUUUCCCUUGUUCGAUCUAAUGACGAUGGUGAGGUUGGGUUUCUGAAGGAGGACAGGCGUUUAAAUGUGGCCAUCACAAGAGCCAGGCGCCAUUUAGCUGUGAUUGGAGAUUCGCAAACUAUAAGCAACCAUCCGUUUUUGAAAUCAUUCUACGAGUAUGUUGCCGAUAAUGGUGAAGUCAGAUCUGUGCAGACCUUCCUUAAUAAAGAGGAUGAUCUAGGCAAAGACAAAGCUGACGAUUUGUUGAAGGAUUUUGAAAAUCUUAGACAUGGAAGAAAUCAUCUUGGAGCAGAAGCUAUCACAAAGAAUGUUAGUGUAAAAAAUGAGUGUGUGUCCUCUAAAACCCUUUCAGUGGUAAAUAAAAGUACAAAUGUUAGCAUUACUGAAAAAGUUGAUAGGGAAAGCAAUGCGAAAAUUUCCCACGAACGAAGGGAAGAUGAAGUGAAUGUGGAAGAUGUUAAGUUCUCAAAGAAAGAUAUCGAAGAAAAGGUUUCUCAAUUCUUGGAAUCAGAGGCGGAAGAAGUCCUUACUUUUGAUUCUUUGUUGGAUGGUAAAGGGAGAUUUUGGGUUCAUGAGCUAGCCGAGAAAUUCGGUCUAGCUCAUUGGAGCAGUGGGACAGGUGAAGACCGUUGCAUAUCGGUUAAGAGAAAGACAAAGAAGGCAAGAAAAGAAGAAGCCAAUAGUUUAGAAGGUGGGCCCAGCAAUCAUGACUGUUAUCUCUGUGAAAUUUGCGGCAAAUUGGUACCUAGUAAGAACAAAGAAUUGCAUAUUGUGAGGUGCGAGAAAAAUAUGGCGAGCGAAGUGAAAAUAAAGCCAUCAGAGGGCAAAAGUAAAGCAAAAGAAACUGGAAAAAGUAAAAGAAAAGGUGCUGAUAAAAGAAAAGAAGAGGAAGAUGUAGAUGAUUUGAUUGCCAAAUUCACACAAGAUGACUCAAAAUGCUAUUUUGAUCAAUGCAAAGCCAGUGUUUUGACAUUAGGCCAAAAAUGCAAGUUCUGUACAAGGACGUUCUGUUUGAAGCAUGGUUUAGCAGAGGUGCAUGGGUGUGGCCAGGCGGCCAAAAUCGAUGCAAGAAGGUCUUCGGAUAAAGCAAUGAUGAAACAGAAAACUAAACCCUUGAAUGACAUUCAGCGUAACUAUGCAAAGAAAAAAUUGAGCAAAAAACUCGAUGAAUUUGAAAAACAACGAUCUGGUAAUAAAGAAAAGAAGAAAUAGUGGUUAGAUUGUUGUAAGCAUUCUGAAGAAAAGUAUGUUGCUUAAAUGGAAUUUCAGUUCCUGUUUGCUCAAAUUAUUUUAGUGUUAAUGGAAACUCAUUUAGUCCUACAUUAGCUCGGUGUUUUGAAAAUUUCGUCCAUAUUUUGCUCUUAAUAGUAAAUUUCAUGAAUAUUUGGAACAAGUUGCUUGCAUUUAAUGUCAGGAAUUGUUAAUAGUGAACUGUGAUAUAUCAUGUUAUAUGGUAAACCUAAUCAAUUGCUCUUACUUCACACAUUCUAUUCGUCUAUGUUCCCUAAUCUUUAAACAGGAUGUGAUUUCACGUGUUUUUACUUUGAACAAUAAAAUGUUGCAGAAUUUUCAAACUCAAUCCAACUUUGUAUCUAGAAAUUCGGGGUUUGACCUUUUUGAAUUCCAUUUUUGGAAAUCAACAAGCUUGAUCUUCUCCUCCUCCCUUACAAAUCGUUGCCUCCUUUUCCUUUUUAGGGCUUUGCUGUAGACUCGUUGGCCUUUCUCUAGCAUCACGAACUAAAAACAGAAUGUUUUUAAUGUGUCGGUUGUAUAUCUAUUUGCGAGAAUUUAUGCGUUAUUUGGUGUUGAUUUUAU